AUGGGGCCGUUUGCGUCCUUGUUCCUUCUGUCCCUGCUCUUUUCAGCACAGGUUACUGCGCAAAACAGCAACUUCUGCGAGAAAGAAGUCCUUGUGGAGAAGGAAGUUGAACAAGAGGUGGAAGUGACCGUGUGGAAGGAGCUACGGUACCAGGACUGCGCCGCCCAGCGGCCGAACGACGUACUGCUGGGCAAGGAGACCUCCAGCGUGGACGGCAAGGUGUACUGUCACUUCAACAGGUCCACCAUAGAGACUGUGGUACAGUUGGUGACCGUUACUGAACCAGACACCAUCACUGUCUGCUGCGAUGGCUAUACAGGAGAUACUUGCGAAAUAGCCAUCUGUAGCCAGGGCUGUAACAACGGUGGAUCGUGUGUGGGACCGAACACCUGUGACUGUGCCGGGACAGGCUACACCGGAGAUACAUGCCAUACGCCUGUGUGCAGUUCCGGCUGUCAGAACGGAGGUUUGUGUGAGAAGCCGAACAUCUGUACCUGUCCUGCAGGAUGGAGCGGCAACAGCUGCCAGACUGCUGUGUGCAGCGCCCCCUGCCAGAAUGGAGGGAACUGCAUGGCUCCUGACACCUGCUCCUGCCCCCUGGGGUGGUCCGGGCUGGACUGUUCCACUGGUAGGGAGUGCCUCCAUGGAGGCAGGUGCAUCGGACAGAACCUGUGCAAGUGUCCUGAAGGGUACGAGGGAGCAAACUGUGAAAACGCUAUCUGCCCCUCCCCCUGCCAGAAUGGAGGACAGUGCGUCGCCCCGAACAAGUGUCUGUGUCCCGAGGAGUAUGAUGGAGACAACUGUGAAAUCAGUUUGAUCAGUGCUGUAGCCGCCACCCCAGCCCCCCUGCUGGGCUCGGUAGGGUCCACUCUGCAGGAGGGGGUGUGUUCCUUCUGGGGCGACACCCACUACAGCACGUUUGACGGACACCAUUUCUACUUCCACGGGAACUGCUCCUACAACCUGGCGUACGAGUGUGGGGGACUCUUCUAUAUACAGAUCCUGAACAAGUUUGAGUGCAACGCUGACGAGUCAGACUGUGACAUCGCGGUGCGGAUCAUCUCAGGUCCGGCUGAGAUCACGGUCACGCCCGGACAUCACACGUUCUACCAGGACCAGGAGCAGACACUGCCGGCCAUCAUCAACGCUGCCGUCACCGCCGAGAGGAUCGGGGCUUACACCAUCCUCAACUUCCUCGAUGGAGUGAAGGUGUUGUAUGACGGAGAUGAGUCGGUAACCGUGGUGAUACCCAGCAGCCAGCGGGGCAGCAUGUGUGGUCUUUGCGGGAACUUUGACGGAGACCACACCAAUGACUUCCACAGCAUCUCUGGAAAGGCGUUUGACAGUGCGACAGAGUUUGGGAACAACAUGCACGUGAACGACGGACGCAAAUGCACCCCCGCACCGACCAACCCUCCCCACCCCUGCGCACACCUCGCCUCGGACGAGAUCAUAGCCAUCGAGAACCGCUGCAAGAUCCUCUACUCCGAGGCCUUCUCCGCCUGCCACGGGUCUGUGGGUCCGAAGGAGUUCUAUGACAGCUGUGUAGUGGAUGUGUGCGAGUGCAGGUUGGGGAGUAUAAAUGACUGCAGCUGUGACGCGCUGACGCAGUACUCCCGCAUGUGUGCGCAGAAGGGAGUGGAGCUGCAGUGGAGGAAUGAAAACCUGUGCCCUAAGUCCUGCAGCAAUGGUCAGGUGUACACAGAGUGUGGCACGUCCUGUCCGAAGACAUGUGAGAAUGCAGACUUUGAUCUGGAGUGCACCGAGGCCUGUGUGGACGGCUGCCACUGUCCUAAAGGAACCCUGUGGGAUGGAGGUAACUGUGUACCCAGGGAACAGUGCCCGUGUAUGCUGAGGGGACAGCAGUACUCACCUGGGGCGGUCACGCAGAACGGCUGCAAUGACUGCAAAUGUGAGCGUGGAAAGUGGACCUGCACUACCAACAUCUGUCCUGCGACCUGCUCCGUCAUCGGCGAGUCACACUACACCACGUUCGACGGUCGGCAGUUCCAGUUCACCGGAAACUGCGAGUACGUGCUGGUCCAGAAACGUGCCGGGACCGCCAAGCCGUUUAUCGUGUGGGUCGAGAACUCCAACUGUGCACUCGAGGAUGAGGGUGUGUGUGCUCACAGUCUGUCUGUGCAGAUUGGAGAUGGGGCUAUCUAUAGGCUGAAGAACCUGAACAGGAUAAACUACAACGACACAGACAUCAGCCUGCCGUACCAGGGUGACGGGAUAGCCGUGCGCCGGCUGUCGUCUGCGCUGUCCAGGUUUGAGACUGACGCUGGCCUGGAGGUCGUCUGGGACGGAGGAUACAGGAUCUACAUCAAACUCCUGCCGCAACAUGCUGGGGAGGUGUAUGGCUUGUGUGGCACCUACAACUACAACCAACAAGAUGACUUUGAGACGCCGAAUGAUGACACGGUGGUGAACACAGCAACUUUUGUCAACUCCUGGAAAACCAACAGUGACUGCGCUGAUGUACCUACAGGAGUGACCAUGGAUGCCUGUACCAUCCACCCCACCUACAAGUCCUACGCCAAGUCUGUGUGUGAGCAGCUGAAGGCCGGGCCGUUCCUGGCCUGUAGUGAGUUUGUCAGCCCGAGGCCCUUCAUAUCACAGUGUGAGAGUGACCUCUGCAUGUGUCUGGCCAGAGGUAAGUUUCUGAAGGCCGAGCCGUUCCUGGCCUGUAGCGAGUUUGUCAGCCCGAGGCCCUUCAUCUCACAGUGUGAGAGUGAUCUCUGCAUGUGUCUGGCCAGAGCUGAAGGCUGGGCCGUUCCUGGCCUGUAG